CAAAAAUUUUCUGCCGAGUGCAGACGUGUCGCAGUUUUUCGCUCCCCGUAUCCCGUUAUUGAUUGUGCAAAUUAAUUUGAGGAAAAAGUUUAGGUUUUCUGUCGCGUAAUCUCCCGCCCGAGCAAUGGGAGACUCGCUGGAGGCGACCGUCGGCAGCAGCAUGGGCAGCGAUCCGCCGCCGUCCGUGGUGGUGGACGCCGAGUCGGUGGCCAUCAUGGACUACGACGGCUUCACCAACUACAUCCGGAAGGCGGUGACGAUCCUGCUGCCGGAGGAGGACGUCGUGCCGGUGCCGUUGAACGCCGCGCUGGACGAGCCGGACAACCAGGAGUGCAUCCGGAAGUUUCUAGCAGACCCGCAAACGCAGGCCCUGUACAUCCAGCGGUCCUGCUUUAAGGAUGACGAAAACGAGGAAACCGAAAAGGAGGAAAAGUACACCGAGUACUACAUCAGCAACGAUGUCCACUUUACGAACCAACGGAUGGCGUCGCUGGUGUGCAUCAAGCGCGGUGCCGUCAUCGAGGCGGACAAGUCGAUCCACUCGCAGCUGCGGCUGAUCAACUUUUCCGAAGGUUCGCCGUACGAGACGCUGCACUCGUUCAUCAGCAAGACACUGGCGCCGUACUUCAAGAGUUACGUCAAGGAGUCGGGCCGGGCUGAUCGCGACGGGGACAAGAUGGCCCCGUCGGUGGAGAAGAAGCUUGCGGAGCUGGAGAUGGGACUGUUGCACCUGCAGCAGAACAUCGACAUCCCGGAGGUGACGCUCAACAUCAACUCGACGGUUAUUCAGGUGGUGAAGAAGUGCGCGGACGAGGGCCGCAAGGCUAAGAUUACGGACUUUGGCGAUCGUGUGGAGGAUUCGACGUUUUUGAACACGCUGCAGAACGGAGUGAACCGGUGGAUCAAGGAGAUCCAGAAGGUGACCAAGCUGGACCGUGAUCCGUCUUCGGGCACGGCGCUGCAGGAGAUUUCCUUCUGGUUGAACUUGGAGCGCGCGCUGCAUCGUAUCCAGGAAAAGCGCGAAUCUCCGGAGGUCGCCCUGACGCUGAACAUUCUGAAACAUGGCAAACGAUUCCACGCAACUGUCUCCUUUGAUACCGACACCGGACUGAAGCAAACCCUGGCCAUGGUCGCCGAUUACAACCCGCUGAUGAAGGACUUCCCGAUCAACGAUUUACUGUCGGCUACCGAGCUGGACAAGAUUCGCCAGGCCGUUCAAUCCAUCUUCAACCAUCUGCGCAAGAUUCGUAGCACCAAGUACCCGAUCCAACGCUGUCUCCGUCUGAUCGAAGCGAUUUCGCGCGAUCUUAGCCAGCAACUGCUGAAGGUGCUGGGAACGCGCCGUUUGAUGCACAUUCCGUUUGACGAGUUCGAGCGCGUCAUGAACCAGUGCUUCGAGGUGUUUAGCUGCUGGGACGACGAGUACGACAAGCUGCAGGGCAUCUUGCGGGACAUCGUCAAGAAGAAGCGCGACGAGCACAUCAAGAUGGUGUGGCGCAUCGCUCCGGCCCACAAGAAGCUGCAGCAGCGCAUGGAGCACAUGCGCAAGUUCCGGCGCCAGCACGAACAGCUGCGCACGGUGAUCGUGCGCGUGCUGCGUCCCGCCCGUCAACCGGCCGGCAGCAGCGACGCCGGCAACGGAACCGACCCCAAGCAACCAUACAGUCUGGACAGCGCCGACGCGAACGCCAUCGAGGAGGUCAACCUGGCGUACGAAAACGUCAAGGAGAUCGAGUGUCUGGACAUCUCGAAGGAGGGCUCCGAAGCGUGGGACGCCGCCAUCAAGCGGUACGAGGAGCGCAUUGACCGGGUCGAGACGCGCAUCACGGCUCACCUGCGCGACCAGCUGGGCACGGCCAAGAACGCCAACGAGAUGUUCCGUAUCUUCUCGCGCUUCAAUGCGCUGUUCGUGCGGCCCCACAUCCGGGGCGCCAUCCGCGAGUACCAGACGCAGCUGAUCCAACGCGUCAAGGACGACAUCGAGGCACUGCACGAAAAGUUCAAGGUUCAAUACCCCCAGAGCAAGGACUGCCGCCUCUCGGUCGUUCGCGAUCUUCCCCCGGUGGCCGGCUCCAUCAUCUGGGCGCGCCAGAUCGACAACCAACUCACGAUGUAUCUCAAGCGCGUCGAAGACGUCCUGGGCAAGGGCUGGGAGUCGCACAUUGACGGCCAAAAGCUGAAAGCCGACGGCGACAGCUUCCGCGCCAAGCUCUCGACCGCCGAGGUGUUUCAGGAGUGGGCCCGCAAGGUCCAGGAGCGCAACACCGGCAUCACCGGUCGAAUCUUCCUGAUCGAAUCGACCCGUUCCCGGACCGGCCGCGGCAACACGCUGAAACUGCGCGUCAACUUCCUGCCCGAGAUCAUCACCCUGUACAAGGAGGUGCGCAACCUGAAGAGUCUGGGCUUCCGCGUGCCGCUGGCCAUCGUCAACAAGGCGCACCAGGCCAACCAGCUGUACCCGUUUGCGAUUUCGCUCAUCGAGAGCGUCAGAACGUACGAGCGUACGCUGGAAAAGCUAACAAAUAGGAGUGUAGCACAAAAUUCAGUAUUCAAGAUUGAAGAUCGCGCCUCGAUCAUCCCGCUGGUGGCCGGCCUGCGCAAGGAGGUGCUCGCACUGGUCUCCGAGGGAAUCGCCCUCGUCUGGGAGAGCUACAAGCUGGACCCGUACGUGCAACGUCUCUCGGAGAACGUGACCUCGUUCCAGGAAAAGGUCGAAGAUUUGCUCGUGGUCGAGGAGCAGCUGGAUGUGGACGUGCGUUCGCUCGAAACGUGCCCGUACAGCGCAGCUACCUUCGCGGACAUCCUAUCCAAGAUCCAGCACGCCGUCGACGAUUUGUCGCUGAAGCAGUACUCGAACCUGCACGUGUGGGUCGCCCGGCUGGACGAGGAAGUGGAGAAGAAGCUGGCGGCGCGGCUGCAGGCCGGAAUUCAAGCGUGGACCGAUGCCCUCACCGGAAACAAAAAGGAGGUUGAUCUGUCCAUGGAUACGGACGCUCCGGCGCAGCCGACCAUCAAGCCCGGUGGCGAUCCGCAGAUUCAACGCGCGAUUCACGAGAUUCGCAUCACCAACCAGCAGAUGUAUCUGUACCCGUCGAUCGAGGAGGCACGCUUCCAAAUCAUGCAGCAACUGUUCGCCUGGGAAGCGAUUGUAACGUCGCAAACGCGCCUGCAGAGUUCCCGCUACCAGGUCGGACUGGACAAGCCCGUUUCGCAGACGUACCGCAAUCUGCUCACCAAACUCCCCGGAGGUUCAGACCCGCUGGAAGGUUCGUACGGAGCGAUCGAGAACCAAAUCUCCGAGGUUCGCAACUACGUCGACGAAUGGCUGCGCUACCAGAGCCUGUGGGAUCUGCAAGCGGACACGCUGUACGGUCGCCUCGGCGAGGACAUCAACCUGUGGAUCAAGUGCUUGAACGACAUCAAAAAGUCGCGUACCACGUUCGAUACGUCGGACACGCGCCGCGCGUACGGACCGAUCGUCAUCGAUUACGCCAAGGUGCAGGCCAAGGUCACACUCAAGUACGACUCGUGGCACAAGGAGGCCCUGAGCAAGUUUGGCCAACUGCUCGGCAACGAGAUGAGCACCUUCCACACCAAGGUCUCCAAGAGCCGUAGCGAUCUGGAGCAGCAGAGCAUCGAAGCGGCCAGCACUUCGGACGCGGUCUGUUUCAUCACGUACGUCCAAUCGCUCAAGAAGGAAAUGCUCGUCUGGGACAAACAGGUCGAGGUGUACCGCGAAGCCCAGCGUAUUCUCGAGCGGCAGCGCUUCCAGUUCCCCAACAACUGGCUGCACGUGGACAACAUCGAGGGCGAAUGGUCGGCCUUCAACGAGAUCAUGAAGCGCAAGGACUCGGCCAUCCAAACGCAGGUCGCCAGCCUGCAGGCCAAGAUCGUGGCCGAAGACAAGGCCGUCGAGUCGCGAACCGUCGACUUUUUGAACGACUGGGAAAAGAACAAACCAACCGGAGGACGCACCCGGCCGGACGACGCUCUCCAGCAGUUGCACAUCUUCGAGACCAAGUUCUCCCGCCUCAAAGAAGAACGUGACAACGUGGCCAAGGCCAAGGAAGCACUGGAGCUGCAAGAGUCGGCCAUUCCGAACAACAGCACCGAACGCAUGUCGGUGGUGCUGGAAGAACUGCAAGACCUGCGCGGAGUUUGGAGCGAGCUGUCCAAGAUCUGGACCCAGAUCGAUGAGACCCGCGAGAAGCCAUGGCUGUCGGUGCAGCCACGCAAGCUGCGUCAAUCGCUCGAGGCAAUGAUGAACCAGCUGAAGGAACUUCCCGCCCGUCUGCGUAUGUACGAAAGCUACGAGUACGUGAAGAAGCUCAUUCAAAGCUACAUCAAGGUGAACAUGAUGAUUGUCGAGCUCAAGUCGGACGCCCUCAAGGAACGUCACUGGAAGCAGCUCACGAAGCAACUGCGCGUCAGCUGGGUGCUUUCCGAUUUGACCCUGGGUCAAGUUUGGGACGUUAAUCUACUCAAGAACGAGUCCAUCGUGAAGGACAUCAUCCUGGUCGCCCAGGGUGAAAUGGCGCUGGAGGAGUUCUUGAAGCAGGUUCGCGAAAGCUGGCAAAACUACGAGCUGGAUCUGAUCAACUACCAGAACAAGUGUCGCAUCAUCCGCGGUUGGGACGAUCUGUUCAACAAGGUCAAGGAGCACAUCAACUCGGUUGCCGCCAUGAAGCUGUCCCCGUACUACAAGGUGUUCGAGGAGGAAGCGCUCACCUGGGAGGAAAAGCUGAACCGCAUCAACUCACUGUUUGACGUUUGGAUCGACGUGCAGCGCCGCUGGGUCUAUCUGGAGGGCAUCUUUUCCGGAAGUGCCGACAUCAAGACGCUGCUCCCAGUCGAAACGUCCCGCUUCCAGAGCAUCAGCUCGGAGUUUUUGGGCCUCAUGAAAAAGGUCGCCAAAUCGCCCAAGGUUAUGGACGUGCUGAACAUCCCCGCCGUCCAGCGAUCGCUCGAACGGCUAGCCGAUCUGCUCGGCAAGAUCCAGAAAGCACUCGGAGAGUACCUGGAGCGUGAGCGUACGUCGUUCCCGCGGUUCUACUUUGUCGGAGACGAAGAUUUGCUGGAGAUUAUCGGCAACAGCAAGAACGUCGCCCGGCUGCAGAAGCACUUUAAAAAGAUGUUUGCCGGAGUUGCUUCCAUUCUGCUGAACGAAGACAACACCGUCAUUUUGGGUAUCGCGUCGCGCGAAGGCGAAGAGGUGAAGUUCAUUAAGCCGGUUUCGACGAUCGAUCACCCGAAGAUCAACGAGUGGCUGACGCUGGUGGAGAAGGAAAUGCGGUUCACGCUGGCCUCGUACCUGGCCCAGGCUGUGCAGGACAUUAAGCAGUUCAAGGACGAAAUCGACCCGCAAAAGUACAUGGAGUGGUGCGACAAAUAUCAGGCGCAGAUCGUUGUGCUUGCGGCGCAGAUUCUGUGGUCCGAAGAUGUGGAAGCUGCUCUUCAGCAGGCCACCGAUAGCCCAAGCAACAAAUCUCCGCUGAAUCGCGUUUUGAGCACGGUCGAAGCUACGCUGAACGUGUUGGCGGAUUCCGUCCUGCAGGAACAGCCGGCGCUGCGCCGUAAGAAGCUGGAACAUCUGAUCAACGAGUUUGUCCACAAGCGUACCGUUACGCGACGCCUGAUCGCCCACGGAGUGAGCAAUCCAAAGUCCUUCCACUGGCUGUGCGAGAUGCGGUUCUACUUUGAUCCGCGCCAAACGGAAGUGCUGCAGCAGCUGACCAUCCACAUGGCCAACGCCCGGUUCUACUAUGGCUUUGAAUAUCUGGGCGUGCAGGAUCGACUCGUGCAGACGCCGCUGACCGAUCGCUGCUACCUGACGAUGACACAAGCGCUCGAAGCACGGCUUGGUGGAUCACCUUUCGGUCCGGCCGGUACUGGUAAAACGGAAUCGGUAAAGGCCCUUGGUAAUCAGCUGGGCCGGUUUGUGCUCGUGUUCAACUGCGACGAAACGUUCGACUUCCAGGCCAUGGGCCGUAUCUUUGUUGGCUUGUGCCAGGUCGGCGCUUGGGGCUGCUUCGACGAGUUCAACCGGCUCGAGGAACGCAUGCUGUCGGCCGUCUCGCAGCAGAUCCAAACCAUCCAGGAGGCGCUCAAGUCUCUGCAGGACAGUCUCAAGGACGCCCAAAGCAUCACGGUGGAGCUGGUCGGCAAGCAGGUGCGCGUCUCGACCGACAUGGCAAUCUUCAUCACGAUGAACCCUGGCUACGCCGGUCGUUCCAACCUGCCCGACAAUCUCAAGAAACUGUUCCGCUCCCUUGCGAUGACAACGCCAGACCGUCAACUGAUUGCCGAAGUAAUGCUGUUCAGUCAAGGCUUCCGCACGGCCGAAAAGCUCGCCUGCAAGAUCGUACCCUUCUUCAAGCUCUGCGACGAACAGCUGUCCAACCAAUCCCACUACGACUUUGGGCUGCGUGCGCUCAAAUCCGUGCUGGUGUCCGCCGGUAACGUCAAGCGUGACCGCAUCAUGCGCAUCAAGGAACUCAUGAAGCAACGCGGCGAAGAAAACAUCGACGAAGCGUCGAUCGCCGAGAACCUGCCCGAGCAGGAAAUCCUCAUCCAGUCCGUGUGUGAGACGAUGGUGCCGAAACUGGUCGCCGAAGACAUCCCGCUCCUCUUCUCGCUGCUGAGUGACGUCUUCCCGAACGUCGGUUACACCCGGGCCGAGAUGAAGGGCCUCAAGGACGAGAUCCGCAAGGUUUGCGCCGAGGAGUUUUUGGUGUGCGGCGAAGGAGAGGAACAGGGCGGCGCCUGGAUGGAGAAGGGAUUUGGCGAAACUUGGGUGGACAAAGUGCUGCAACUGUACCAAAUCUCCAACCUCAACCACGGUCUCAUGAUGGUGGGUCCGUCCGGAUCCGGUAAAUCUACGGCUUGGCGAGUGUUGCUCAAAUCGCUGGAGCGUUUCGAGGGCACCGAGGGAGUUGCGCACGUAAUUGACCCCAAGGCCAUCUCGAAGGAGGCGCUGUACGGUGUGUUGGAUCCAAACACGCGCGAGUGGACCGACGGUUUGUUCACGCACAUUCUGCGUAAGAUCAUCGAUAACGUGCGCGGUGAGAUCAACAAGCGGCAGUGGAUCAUCUUCGACGGGGACGUAGAUCCCGAGUGGGUUGAGAAUUUGAACUCGGUGCUGGACGACAACAAGCUGCUGACGCUGCCCAACGGAGAGCGUUUGUCGCUACCGCCGAAUGUGCGCAUCAUGUUCGAGGUGCAGGACUUGAAGUACGCCACGCUGGCCACGGUGUCCCGUUGCGGUAUGGUCUGGUUCUCGGAGGAUGUCCUGUCGACGGAGAUGAUCUUUGAAAACUACAUGGCACGCAUCAAGAACAUUCCGCUCGAGGAUGGCGAAGAGGAAAGCUUCACUACGUCGAAGGCCAGCGACAAGGAGGACGAGUUGACGCCGGCGCUGCAAACUCAGCGCGAAAUCGCGUCCCUUCUGCAGCCGUACUUUACGUCGGACGGAUUGGUUGUUCGUUGCUUGGAGUACGCCAUGGGUCAGGAGCACAUUAUGGACUUUACCCGACUGCGUGCGCUCAGCUCGUUGUUCUCGAUGCUGAACCAGGGAGCUCGUAACGUGCUCAACUUCAACCAGCAACACCCGGACUUCCCCGUUCCUCCAGAGCAGCUCGAGCAGUACAUCCCGAAGUUGUUGAUCUACUCGCUGCUGUGGUCGUUUGCCGGUGACGCCAAGCUGAAGGUUCGCUCCGACCUGGGAGACUUUUUGCGCAGUGUCACGACUGUCACGCUGCCAGCUCAAAGCGGAAGUCCCAUCAUCGACUACGAAGUCAACAUCCAAGGCGAUUGGGUGCCGUGGUCCAACAAGGUGCCGGUCAUCGAAGUUGAAACGCACAAGGUGGCCGCCCCGGACGUGGUCGUGCCCACACUGGACACCGUUCGCCACGAGUCGCUGCUGUACACGUGGCUGGCGGAGCACAAACCACUGGUACUGUGCGGUCCGCCCGGUUCCGGUAAGACCAUGACCCUGUUCUCGGCCCUUCGUGCCCUGCCCGAUAUGGAGGUGGUCGGAUUGAAUUUCUCGUCCGCUACCACUCCGGAGCUGCUGUUGAAAACUUUCGACCACUACUGCGAGUAUCGCAAGACUCCGAACGGAGUGGUGCUGGCGCCGGUUCAACUGGGCAAGUGGCUCGUCCUGUUCUGCGACGAAAUCAACUUGCCCGACAUGGACUCGUACGGAACGCAGCGUGUCAUUUCGUUCCUGCGUCAACUGGUGGAACACAAGGGCUUCUACCGUGCCGGAGAUCAGUCUUGGGUUUCGCUCGAACGCAUCCAGUUUGUCGGAGCUUGUAACCCGCCGACGGACCCGGGCCGUAAACCACUGUCCCAUCGCUUCCUGCGCCACGUCCCCAUCAUCUACGUCGACUACCCGGGAGAGACGUCGCUCAAGCAGAUCUACGGCACCUUCAGCCGAGCUAUGCUGCGUCUGAUGCCGAGCCUUCGCGGGUACGCCGAACCCCUAACCAACGCAAUGGUCGAGUUCUAUCUGUCGUCGCAGGAUCGCUUCACCCAGGACAUGCAGCCGCACUACGUUUACUCGCCGCGUGAGAUGACCCGCUGGGUGCGCGGUAUCUGUGAAGCUAUUCGUCCGCUGGACAACCUCGCCGUCGAAGGACUGGUGCGGCUGUGGGCCCACGAAGCCCUUCGUCUGUUCCAGGAUCGAUUGGUUGAGGAAUCCGAACGUCGCUGGACCAACGAAAACAUCGACCUGGUCGCAAUGAAGCACUUCCCCAGCGUGGAUCGCGAGAAGGCACUCGAGCGGCCAAUUCUGUACAGCAACUGGCUGUCGAAGGACUACAUGCCGGUCAACCGGGCCGAGCUGCGGGACUACGUCAAGGCGCGGUUGAAGGUGUUUUACGAGGAAGAGCUGGACGUUCCGCUGGUGCUGUUUGACGAAGUGCUCGAGCACGUGCUGCGUAUCGAUCGUAUCUUCCGUCAACCGCAGGGCCACUUGCUGCUGAUUGGAGUGUCCGGUGCGGGCAAGACCACGCUGUCCCGUUUCGUCGCCUGGAUGAACGGGCUGUCGAUCUUCCAGAUCAAGGUACACAACAAGUACACCAGCGAAGACUUUGACGAAGACCUGCGUUGUGUGCUGCGUCGAUCGGGUUGCAAGGACGAAAAGAUCGCCUUCAUUCUGGACGAAUCGAACGUGCUGGACUCGGGCUUCCUGGAACGCAUGAACACGCUGCUGGCCAACGGAGAAGUGCCCGGUCUGUUCGAAGGAGACGAGUACACCACUCUGAUGACCCAGUGCAAGGAAGGAGCUCAACGCGAGGGACUCAUGCUGGAUUCCAGCGACGAGCUGUACAAGUGGUUCACGCAACAGGUCAUGCGCAAUCUGCACGUCGUCUUCACGAUGAACCCAUCGACGGACGGCCUGAAGGAUCGUGCCGCGACCUCCCCCGCCCUGUUCAAUCGUUGCGUGCUCAACUGGUUCGGCGAUUGGUCCGACUCGGCCCUGUUCCAGGUGGGCAAAGAGUUCACCACCCGUGUCGACCUGGACAAACCAACCUGGUCGGCGCCGGACUUUUUCCCCGCCGCUUGUCCGCUCAUCAACAACACGCCCUCUCACCGGGAUGCCGUCAUCAACGGGUGCGUGUACGUGCACCAGACGCUGCACAAGGCGAACGGCCGACUGGCGAAGCGCGGAGGCCGCACGAUGGCCAUCACCCCACGUCACUAUCUGGACUUUAUCCAUCACUUUGUGAAGCUGUACUCGGAGAAGCGCAGCGACCUGGAAGAGCAGCAGCUGCAUCUGAACGUCGGUCUCAACAAGAUUGCCGAAACCGUCGAGCAGGUUGAAGAGAUGCAGAAAUCCCUCGCGGUCAAGUCCCAGGAGCUGCACUCCAAGAACGAGGCGGCGAACGCCAAGCUGAAGCAGAUGUUCAAGGAUCAGCAGGAGGCCGAGAAGAAGAAGGUCCAGUCGCAGGAGAUCCAGCAGCAGCUGGCCGAGCAAACGAUCAAGAUCGAGGAGAAGCGCAAGGACGUGAUGGCCGAUCUGGCCCAGGUCGAACCGGCCGUCAUCGACGCUCAAGCGGCCGUUAGCAAUAUUAAGAAGAAGCAGCUGGCCGAAGUGCGCACGAUGGCCAAUCCGCCGGCGCCCGUAAAGCUGGCGCUGGAGUCGGUCUGUCUGCUGCUCGGCGAGGACGAUCGCGGCGGCGACUGGAAGGCCAUCCGGGGAAUACUGGUCAAAGAUAGUUUCAUCACGUCGAUCGUCAAGUUUGACACGUCCCAACUUACUGACGAUGUCCGCGAGAAGAUGAAGUCCCGCUACCUGAGCAAUCCGGACUACAACUUUGAGAAGGUCAACCGCGCCUCGAUGGCGUGCGGUCCCAUGGUCAAGUGGGCCAUUGCUCAGGUCGAGUACGCGGACAUGUUGAAGCGCGUGGAACCGCUGCGCGAUGAGUUGGACUCGCUGGAGCGUCGUGCCGACACCAACAUCAAGCACGGCCAGGAAGUCAAGGAGUUGAUCACGCAGCUCGAGCAGAGUAUCGCCUCGUACAAGGAAGAGUACGCGCAGCUAAUUUCGCAAGCCCAGGCCAUCAAGACGGAUCUGGAGAACGUCCAGGCCAAGGUCGAUCGGUCGAUUGCCCUGCUCAAGAGUUUGGUCAUCGAGCGGGAGCGCUGGGAGGCCACCAGUGAGACGUUCCGCUCGCAGAUGUCCACCAUCAUCGGAGACGUGCUGCUGUCGGCGGCCUUCAUCGCGUACGGCGGUUACUUUGACCAGCACUACCGUAGCAACCUGUUCUCGACCUGGUGCCAGCACCUGCAAGCCGCCAACAUCCAGUUCCGGGCGGACAUUGCCCGCACCGAGUAUCUGUCCAAUCCGGACGAGCGUUUGCGCUGGCAAGCGAACGCCCUGCCAACUGACGAUCUUUGCACGGAGAACGCGAUUAUGCUGAAGCGCUUCAACCGGUACCCGUUGAUUAUCGACCCGUCCGGACAAGCCACCGAGUUCAUCAUGAACGAGUUCAAGGACAAAAAGAUCACUAAGACCAGCUUCCUGGACGAUUCGUUCCGUAAGAAUCUCGAGUCGGCACUCCGGUUCGGUAAUCCACUGCUCGUGCAAGACGUCGAGAACUACGAUCCGAUCCUGAACCCGGUUCUCAACCGUGAGUUGCGCCGUACCGGUGGCCGUGUGCUAAUAACCCUCGGCGACCAGGACAUCGAUCUGUCCCCGUCCUUCGUAAUCUUCCUGUCGACGCGAGACCCGACCGUUGAGUUCCCACCGGACAUCUGCUCUCGUGUCACGUUCGUCAACUUUACCGUGACGAGAAGCUCGCUGCAAUCGCAGUGCUUGAACCAGGUGCUGAAGGCCGAACGCCCCGACAUUGACGAGAAGCGGUCGGAUCUGCUGAAGCUGCAGGGUGAGUUCCAUCUGCGGUUGCGUCAGCUGGAAAAGAGUCUGCUGCAGGCGCUGAACGACGCCAAGGGCAAGAUUUUGGACGACGACUCCGUCAUCACCACGCUGGAAACGCUCAAGAAGGAAGCGGCCGACAUCGGUCAGAAGGUCGAGGAAACCGACAAGGUCAUCGGAGAGAUCGAAACUGUUUCGCAACAGUAUCUCUCACUGUCCCAAGCGUGCAGCAACAUUUACUUCACCAUGGACAGCUUGAACCAGGUCCACUUCCUGUACCAGUACUCGCUGAAGAUGUUCCUGGACAUCUUCAGUACCGUGCUGCACAACAACCCGAAACUGGACGGCAAAACCGACCACACGGCACGACUGUCGAUCAUCACCUCCGAUCUGUACACGGUCUGUUACGAUCGCGUUGCUCGCGGAAUGCUGCACGCUGACCGGCUUACGUUUGCCAUCUUGCUGUGUCGAAUCCAUCUCAAGGGAACCAACGAAGCGAACCUCGAUCAAGAGUUUAGCUUCUUCCUGCGCAACAAGGAAGGACUGGUUUCGUCUGCUCACCACGUGGACGGAGUUAGCGCCGAACAGCUGGAAUCGGUUACGCGCCUCGCAAACCGCUUACCAAUCUUCCGCAAACUUCUCGACAAGAUCCAAUCCAUGCCAGAACUGUCCGCCUGGCUGCAGCAGGGAUCACCCGAACAGAACGUGCCCCAACUGUGGGACGAAUCCAAAGCCCUGUCGCCGGUCUCAUCCUCGAUGCAUCAGCUGCUGUUGAUCCAGGCAUUCCGACCGGAUCGCGUCAUCGCCGCGGCCCAUCUGUUUGUAUCCACCGUACUAGGAGAGCACUUCAUGCCCAACGCCGAAAAGGAGCUCGACUUUACCGCCUGUGUGGAGAAGGAAAUCGCAAGCAACACGCCGGCGCUGCUCUGCUCCGUCACCGGUUACGACGCUUCGUCACGCGUUGACGACCUGGCCGCCGAACUGAACAAGCAAAUCUCCAGCAUCGCCAUCGGAUCCGCCGAAGGUUUCAACCAAGCCGAACGGGCCAUCAACAUGGCGUGCAAAACCGGACGCUGGGUGCUGCUCAAGAACGUCCACCUGGCCCCGCAAUGGCUCGUCCAACUCGAGAAGAAACUGCACUCGCUGCAGCCCCACUCCGGCUUCCGGCUGUUCCUCACGAUGGAAAUCAACCCGAAAGUUCCGGUCAAUCUGCUGCGUGCCGGUCGUAUCUUCGUGUACGAACCACCGCCAGGCAUUCGCGCCAACUUGCUGCGUACGUUCUCGACCGUACCGGCUGCGCGCAUGAUGAAACCCCCGAGCGAACGCGCCCGACUCUACUUCCUUCUUUCGUGGUUCCAUGCCAUCGUGCAGGAACGUCUUCGCUACGUCCCACUGGGAUGGGCUAAAAAGUACGAGUUCAACGAGUCCGACCUGCGCGUUGCCUGUGAUACGCUGGACACCUGGAUCGACGCUACCGCCAUGGGUCGCACAAAUCUUCCCCCGGAGAAGGUCCCGUGGGACGCGCUAGUAACCCUACUUUCCCAAAGCAUCUACGGUGGCAAGAUCGACAACGACUUUGAUCAACGGCUGCUCUCUUCCUUCCUUUCAAAGCUCUUCACCGCGCACAGCUUCGAAGCGGAGUUUGCCCUGGUGGCAAACGUGGACGGAGUUGCCGGCGGUCCAAACGGCCAACGGCACAUCACGAUGCCGGACGGAACACGGCGAGACCACUUCCUGAAGUGGAUCGAAGCGCUGGCCGAUCGCCAGACACCGUCAUGGCUUGGGCUGCCGAACAACGCCGAAAAGGUGCUGCUCACCACGCGCGGAACCGAUCUGAUUAGCAAGCUGUUGAAGAUGCAGCAGCUGGAGGACGACGACGAGCUUGCGUACAGCAACGACGAAAGCCUCGACGCGGUGCAGACCCGCCAGGAAGAUGGACGUCCCUCGUGGAUGAAGACGCUGCACAACAGUGCGCUGACCUGGCUGGAACUGCUGCCGAAGCAACUGGCCACGCUGCGUCGUACCGUGGAGAACAUCAAGGAUCCACUCUACCGCUACUUUGAACGCGAAGUCUCUUCCGGAGCCAAGCUGCUGCAAACCGUGGUCAGUGAUCUGCAGGACGUCGUCUUCAUCUGCCAGGGCGAGAAGAAGCAAACCAACUACCAUCGUACGAUGCUCAGCGAGUUGGUCCGAGGAAUUCUACCAGCCGGCUGGAGACGUUACACCGUUCCUGUCGGUUGCACGGUCAUCCAGUGGGUCACGGACUUUAGCCAGCGUGUCCAACAGCUGCAAAAGGUGUCCACGCUGGUUUCGCAAGCUGGCGCCAAGGAACUGCAGAGUUUCCCCGUGUGGCUGGGCGGACUUUUCAACCCGGAGGCGUACAUUACGGCCACGCGCCAGUGCGUAGCCCAGGCAAACAGCUGGUCACUCGAGGAACUCACCCUGAACGUGACCAUCACCGAGAACGGCUCGGACGGGUUCGACAACCUGAAGGACAGCAGCUUCGGUAUAUCCGGGCUGAAGUUGCAGGGUGCCCAGUGCAAGAACAACCAGCUGCUGCUGACGUCGGCCAUCAUGACCGAGCUGCCGCUGACGCUGCUCAAGUGGACCCGCAUUGAUGCGGAGGGUGCACGGCCAACGAAGCUGACGCUGCCGGUGUAUCUGAACUCGACCCGCACGGAGUUGCUGUUUACGGUCGACAUGACGGUCGCGCCCGGACAGGAUCCGCACAGUUUCUACGAGCGGGGUGUGGCGGUGCUGUCGUCGACGGCUUUGAAUUAAAGAUGAUUAAUAUGAUAUUGCUUACAAUGAUAUAACACUAAUCUCAUUACAAUAUUUAUCAACGGUUAUGGUUUAAUGGGUCAAUAUUAUCACACAAAAAACUAACUUAUCUCACACCUAUGUAAUCGAAUAAAGUUAUUAAUCCAGC